AUGAUGUCGCAGUGUAAGAACGCGACGCCAUUAGGGACUGGAUUUGUGGCUCGACUGGUGCUAGCGGUUUUGGUGGGAAGUGGAGUUCAGCAGGUGAAUGCCAGAACCAGAUUCCGACGACAAGAUGUUGCCAGUCCUGAUGGCGUGUCAUAUUGGCCAGACGGAGUCAUUCCUUAUACCUUUCCAUCAACUUAUACUGAUGACCAGCGGAACAGCAUACGAGUUGGCAUGGCUCGCUGGGAACAACAGACAUGUAUCAAAUUUGUACCGUGGACUAGUGACAUGCAACAACAGUUGGGAGCAACCCGUUACCUAACGUUUAUCAACGGCAUAACAUGUUUUUCCCGAUAUGGUAUGUUCCCUCUUCAGCCUCAGCCCAUCUCUAUAGGAGCCAACUGCAUGGGUAUGGACAUGAUUAUUCACGAGCUGGGUCAUGCUAUAGGGAUGUUACAUACAAUGGAACGGAAUGACAGAGACACGUAUAUCACAGUCCAGUACGAGAAUAUCAAUCCUGACUCCCGUUGGAACUACGACACGGUCGCCAUGAAGGGCCGAACAUACCCCUAUCAUGGCACGCCUUAUGAUUAUAAAAGUAUUAUGCACUAUGGACCAAAAUACUGGUCUGUUAAUGGGAAGCCCGCCAUGCUGACAACAGACCCAGCCUACCAGUCUGUCAUAGGUAAGGCCAAGACGAUCAGCUACUAUGACGCCGUCUUUGUAAAUCGUGCUUACAAAUGUACAGAAAGGUGUGAGUCUCAAAAUCUAAGCUGUGAAAACGGUGGAGUAGUUGGCGCCACAUCAGACAGGAAGUGUUUUUGUUUAUGUCCGGACGGCUUCAUGGGAGAAUUCUGUCAGACACCUGUACCGGGAUAUCAACACAUCGUGAAAUGGGAUUGUGGAACAUCUUGGGACUACGCUAAUGGUAACUGCUAUCAGUUUUUCCCGUCCGUAUCUGUAGAUUAUGACAUAGCUACAGAUCUAUGUGCCAACCAUGGUGGAAACGUAGUAUCGUUUAAAAGUUCUGAAGAAGUGAAAUGGCUCACUACUAGAAUAGAAGAGAAUUUUCUGAUGUCGUCAGUUACAAGUUUCUGGGCAGGAGUUAAACGUAAGACUGGUGAUACAGCCUACCUCCUUCCUGAUGGCUCCUUAUUUGAUGCAAGCCUCAUGCCACUUCACGAGAUGGGCACCAGUGACGCAGAUGGAUGCGCUACCACUAAUGGCCAAUCCCUGAUCGUAGGAAGCUGUGAUAUGAAAUCGGACAACGGUGUAAUCUGUAUGAAAACAUUCGAUGCAGAUUGUGGAGGACGUUAUCGAUUGACUUCAGCCUCUGUAUCUAUAAAAUCUCCCGGGUUUCCUGAUGGCUACCCUUCUUCCACGACAUGUCAGUAUGUUCUGCAGGCGAACAGUGGGAUGAAGCUUGAGAUCGUUAUAGACGAGUUUGAUAUUUUAGAAUCAACCAAUUGUGGAAACGAUUACUUAGAGGUUCACUUGACAAGCAAUAUAACUGAGCGAGGUCAAAUACAUUGUGGUUCCUCCCUGAUGAACAAAACCUUGAUUUCUGAGGGAACUCUUGCUAUUCUAACUUUUAAAAGUAAUGCUCGGGAUUCUGGUAAAGGUUUUGAAGCUACUGCCCGAGCUAUCUCCAUGAGAGAUGAAACAGAAAAUGUAGACACCAGUACCCGUAGCUCCGUGUUAAGCGGGUUCAUAUUUGACAACAAUGACAAUAACAAUACAACAACAGAUUCACCAGAAUCAAUAGAUGCACAUGCGUCUUUUCUUCAAGUGUUAUGGAAUAUGUUUGGUUCCAUAACUGUGUCAUCUAUACUCUGA